AUGUCUGCCGAAGAACACAAUGAUGAAAGUGAUCCCGGUGAUCGUCUUGAAGAAUCGAGUCAGGUCUCAAUUGCUAAUGAAACGGUAAAAUUUUUAUCGAGAAAUAGAUAUUGGACUAGGGAUUAUACAACCGGUAUCAAAUUGUUCGUCAAACACAUGAGGACACAAAACGAUAUAGUGGUUAGAUAUAUUAAAUUUUAUAGUGAUUUUACUGACAAGUUUUGGAAACCAGCGUUAAAUGAUCUACAAAAGCUAGAGCCAACCAAUUCGAUGAAUAAACAACUACUUGAAUUCAUAAAGGAAAGUUUUAAUAGAAUAUCCCCAGAGCAAAUCGAGAGUGAUUGUAAGAAACCGUUACAGAACCUGAAGAAUCAUAACGACGGUUUUCUUCGUGAAGCCGAAAAUGAUUUAUCAUCUCGUUAUUCAGUUUAUGUCAAAGAUUUAGUCAGGGUCAAAGAAGCGUUAAUUGAAUGUGAAAAAAAAAUUCAAAUGUGUAAGAUGAAGCAAGUCGACACUCCAAUAGAUGAUCGUCCCCAUACCUCUAAUAGCGAUAAGAACGAAAAUUCUUUGACCAGAAUAAAAUUUAUAUGCGAAUUCCCUUAUGCUUUGGAUGAGAGGUUAAAGUUCGAUAAUAGCGUUCAAUUUAUGUCAUUUCUUCAAAACCUAAAGGAGCAUGUUCAUUUGCAGAAAAGCGUGUUCCCUGUUCCGGGGUUACCAAAUGGAAGUUUUCAAGGCCAGUCAGUGGUCAAGGAACUGAAGAAACUGGAGCCUAAAUUAGACCUAUCCUUAUUUAAUAUCGAUAGAAUAGGCAAUGAAUUUACUCAACUAGGUGUAAUAAAAGAGUAUUCAUUGAGUUUUUAUUCUAAUAAGAAUCCUCAGUUUGAUCAGGAUAAAUACUACUACUGGAAUUCCGAAAUCUUCAGCAACCAACAAGAGCGAAAUGGUGACGCGGUUACGAAGGCUAAGAAGUCGUAUGGUGAUUUGGCAGAGUCUGAUAAUGUAUCUGGUGAAAAGCCGAACACGUCUUCCAUCAAAACAUCCAUAUCCGAUUGGAUCYGCAAAGUCAGUCUCAAUGACAAUGAUGAACGUAGUGUAUCAGGAAACAAGGAUAUAAAUGAAAACGAUUGGCGAGCUUUGAAACAACAAUUACAAUCGUUACAAGACAACUUCUUUUCCAGGUGUUGUCAAUUGGAAUAUUCCAAAGUACAGCUAGAGAAAACUAUUUAUGAAUACUGUAAGAACUACUCUCGAAUGGAGAACGAAAUUGAGCAAAGUCUAAAGUCAUCGGAUAAGAUAUUUCAACAGAGUUGUGAAUCAUUCACCAAAUCACCGAUUUCCCUCCCACAAGAAGACGUCCUACCAUGUAAAGGUAAGGACGUAGAAAUAAGAGGAUUUUUCCUCAGGGACAAUGGUAUACCGUUCCGCAAGUGGAAUACCAUAGAGGAGAAAGACCCAGUCAGGUCCUACAGGGAAAUUUCAAUCAAAUGCGAGAAGUUUUUCUGUGGUAGCGAGAUAAACAAUGAUCUGACUUUUCUAGAUACUUUGGAAACUAUAAAGAUCAUAUUGCAGCAGAUCGAAAAAGAACCAAAUGCAAACAAAAUCGUACGAAGUUGGCACGACGAUAUAGAUUUUGUAAGGGUCUCGAACCUGAAGAGAGACCUAAUGGGGAAAUUUAAAGAAUCGAAAACCAUUGAAAAUACGAAUUCCACCAUAACAGCCCAAUUUUUGGAAAACCUGCAUACAUUUGUGACGAACGAUUUUGUUGGACUCAUCAAAUUGUGGCUGCUCGAACUGCCCGAUAGCAUAGUCCCUUCAAACAGUUACGAUACCUUGGUCAAAACAAAAGAGCCGUUGAUUUCGUUGUGCGGGAAAUUCCCCACGAACACAGUAAGAUUCCUACAAGAGUUUACAAGGCAUUUUCAAGUGCUCAGCCGCAAGUCGUCACUCCCACCACGAACCGUGUGCGAUUUAUUCAUAGACAACAGUGACAUAGACAUCCCAUUAGCACACCACUUUGUAAGAAGAACAGGAUUACAAGACCCCACAGACAUAAAGAUCUUGUCGCCAGCGUUGUACACAUUCUUUACCAAUCAAGAUACAGUAAACAUAUUGCAAGAACUAAUCACUACCUCCGCCAGCACCAGCUCCACCACUGUCCUUCAGGAACCACCAAAGAUUGUCAUAAAGGACACCGCCUCAACCGCAUCCUCCACGCCCAACCCACCGCUAGGAGACCAAAAUGGCCCGUUCAUUCCACGGCCUUUCAAGACUAGUUCCACACCGACAACCCCAGAGAGAACAAAGCGCAAGAGCGGCCUGUUUCUUCCUGUCAACGUCAACGACCGGCCUCCUACAUAA